CAGCGGCGGAGCCGGAUACGGGCGGCGCCGCGGUCGCGGCUGCCCUGGGGAUGGGCGGAGCCCCAGCCGCUGGUGCUGGUGGCUGCCGCCGCUGCCGUUGCCUGAGCCCAAACCACCGCCUUGUCUACUCCCGCGGGUCGCUGUUUCCCAGGGCCGCGGUAUGCUGGGGAAAGGGGUAGUCGGUGGUGGCGGUGGCACCAAGGCGCCCAAGCCCUCCUUCGUGUCAUACGUGCGCCCGGAGGAAAUUCACACAAAUGAAAAGGAAAUAACAGAAAAGGAAGUAACUCUUCACUUGUUGCCAGGAGAACAGCUGCUUUGUGAAGCCAACACAGUACUCAAGUAUGUCCAGGAAGAUUCAUGUCAGCGUGGGAUCUAUGGGAAACUUGUCUGCACAGACUUCAAGAUUGCUUUCUUGAGCAAUGAUGAAUCUGCAUUGGAUAAUGAUGAGACUCAAUUUAAGAAUAAGAUUAUAGGAGAAAACGACAUUACACUUCACUGUGUUGAUCAGAUUUAUGGAGUGUUUGAUGAGAAAAAGAAAACUCUCUCUGGACAACUAAAGAAAUAUCCUGAGAAACUCAUCAUCCACUGCAAAGACCUCCGAGUAUUCCACUUUUGUCUGAGGUAUACAAAGGAAGAGGAAGUCAAAAGGAUUGUCAGUGGCAUAAUUCAUCAUACCCAGGCUCCUAAACUGCUUAAACGUUUGUUUCUGUUUUCCUAUGCAACUGCUGCACAAAACUGUAUAGCCACAGAUCCCAAGAACCAUACUGUAAUGUUUGACACCUUUAAGGACUGGUGUUGGGAAUUAGAGCGGACCAAAGGCAUCAUGAAGUACAGGGCAGUGAGCAUCAAUGAAGACUAUACUGUCUGUGAAAGGUUGCCAGCAUACUUUGUUGUCCCCAUCCCUCUUCCUGAAGAGGAUAUUCCACGCUUUCAUGGUCAUGGAAUACCAAUCUGGUGUUGGUCUUGCCACAAUGGAUGUGCCCUUUUGAAAAUGUCAGCACUGCCCAAAGAACAGGAUGAAGGCAAUUUACAAAUCCAAAAAAGCUUCUUGGAUGGAAUUUACAAGACCAUCCACAGGCCACCCUAUGAAAUUGUUAAAACUGAAGACCUAUCAAGCAACUUCCUAUCCUUGCAGGAAAUCCAGACUGCGUACUCUAAAUUUAAGCAGCUAUUUCUGAUAGAUAAUAGUACUGAAUUUUGGGACACAGAUAUAAAAUGGUUUUCUCUCUUGGAGAGUAGCAGCUGGCUUGACAUAAUCAGACGUUGUCUAAAAAAAGCAAUAGAGAUUACAGAAUAUAUGGAAGCACAAAACAUGAACGUUCUUCUCUUAGAGGAGAACGCUUCUGACCUCUGCUGCAUCGUUUCCUCCCUGGUGCAAGUGAUGAUGGACGCACACUGUAGAACCAGGUUUGGUUUCCAGAGCCUCAUCCAGAAGGAGUGGAUCGUGGGUGGGCACUGUUUCUUGGAUCGCUGCAAUCAUCUACGCCAAAGUGACAAAGAAGAGGUUCCUGUGUUCCUGCUUUUCUUAGAUUGUGUGUGGCAGCUGGUGCACCAGUAUCCCCCAGCAUUUGAAUUCACAGAGACUUAUCUGACUGUUUUGUCAGAUAGCCUAUACAUACCAAUUUUUAGCACCUUCUUCUUCAAUUCACCCCAUCAAAAGGAUACUAACAUGGGUAGGGAAAGCCAGGAUACACAAAGCAAGCCUUUGAAUCUGCUCACCGUGUGGGAUUGGUCUGUACAGUUUGAACCCAAAGCCCAGAUGUUGCUCAAAAACCCUCUUUAUGUGGAAAAGCCAAAACUGGACAAAGGCCCGCGAAAAGGAAUGCGUUUCAAACAUCAACGACAACUUUCUCUGCCGCUCACCCAAUCUAAAGCAUCUCCCAAAAGAGGGUUUUUCAGGGAAGAAACAGAUCAUUUAAUUAAAAACCUUCUAGGCAAGAGAAUAAGCAAACUUAUUAAUUCUUCGGAUGAGCUGCAAGAUAACCUUCGAGAGUUCUAUGACAGCUGGCACAGCAAACCUACUGAUUACCACGGUUUGUUGUUGCCUCACAUAGAGGGGCCAGAAAUCAAAGUCUGGGCCCAGCGGUACUUGCGAUGGAUUCCUGAAGCCCAGAUCCUAGGUGGUGGCAGAGUGGCCACUAUGAGCAAACUCUUGGAAAUGAUGGAGGAAGUUCAGAGCUUACAAGAGAAAAUAGACGAGCGACACCACAGGGUAGUGGCCCUCCAGGCAGAGGCCCCCACCCUGCUGAGGAAUUCUGCCCGCCUGUCCUCCUUGUUUCCUUUCGCUUUGCUCCAGCGACAUUCCUCCAAGCCUGUCUUACCUACCAGCGGUUGGAAAGCUUUGGGAGAUGAAGAAGACUUGGCCAAACGAGAAGAUGAGUUUGUGGAUCUAGGAGAUGCAUGACUUAUUUUUACAGUUAUUGUAAAAAAGAAUGUUGAAGAUUGGGACAGUAAUCAAACACAUUUGAUCUCUGGGUAGUGUGUCACGCUGAAGCUUCAUGCUGGCAGUGUCCCUAGCCCAGUGCUGCAUUGGAGUAAACCUGGGCCUUCAGGAAAAGAGCUGGUUCUCGUUUCUUUUUUUUUUUUUCACGGUCAUGAAAGACUAUGCAAUUAAAACCAUAUCUUUAGUAUUAUUAAUUGAAAGGAGCUACUACUUGACCCAUAAUAGGAUUGUGGCUGUUUUCUGGUGAUGCAUAAGUAUUAUACAGAGCCUGCAGUGGCUGGUGUACUACUAGAAAGAACUUUGUGAAGAUCGUCUUGGAUUUGAUACUUUCUUCGGAUCCUUUCUCUGCCAGCAUAAUUUAUCCAAUCGUUGGGAAUAGUAAUUUUUUUUAUAACCCAUUUCAUUUAGGAGCAAGUUCAGCUUGCUGCAUAUUUGUAUGACGAAUUAAAAGAUUCAAAUAGAGGUAUCAAGAUGUAAGACAUUUGUUUAAACAAAUCAUUCAUGGUAUUUUUCCUUUCUGUGUCCUCUUGCCUGUAGAAAAGCUGGGGAAAUUCCACCUGUAUCACUCAUCCUAAAGUUUUAGACCACCCUUCCUCCUUCAUAGAGUGUAUCAGUUCAUGUGGGGGUGGUGGGCUAACCAGCCACAUUGCCGUUUUUCAUGGGCUGACAGCUCCAGGGCUUUCCUCUACCUGCUCCACUGGCCACCGUCCCUCCAAGCCAUCCCUGCCUUGGUGUACAUAGUCCCAGUUUUCUUGCUGCUAAACCUGUUGGUUAAACUGGGAGGAUCUCUUCAGUUUAUCCAGAGGAGCUUCCAUUCUUCUGGAGUCUCUCAGCAUAUGAAACUAAUUGCUUUGCCUUUUUCUAGUAGAUGCUAAGGCCCAAGCAUUUGCAUUUGUGGUCCUUUGUAGCAACCCCUCAGGUGGUUUCCUUACAUUGUCUGUUACCUUUACAGACUAAUGGAGUAGGAUCACUUUUGAAUGUGGCUUUCAUAGGAAAGCAGUUAAACGUAUAAAUAUCAGAAGUGAUGAUUAUCAUAUAGUACCUCAGUGAUUUAAAAAGCCAUAGAAGAAACUUGAUUAUAAAAAGCCAUAGAAGAAACUGAUAACCCUUUUGGAUCUGCUGUCUAAAUGAUACAUAUAUUUUAAUUCAGGAAAGUCACUUUGUAAUGACCAGUUUUUUCAUUCUUAAUGGAAUCCUGUCACAUCCAUGAGAGGAAGGAGAAAAAACUCAUGUUAGAAUGUUUCAAAUGGAGUGUUUGCCUUUUAUAUACAUUUGCUCUCCAUCAUAGAUCCCAAUUUGAAUAUCAAAUGUUUAGAAAAACUUUCAGUUGCUCAAGGGCAAUAAGAAAUCUUGAAACUAUUGACCAAGUGGAGUUUCUUCGUUUGCACUGAAUUGCCUUUUGUACAAUAAAUUGUUCUGCUGUUCUCCUCACUCCAUGUUACCGUGCAGCCAGGGUGGUCUGUCCAGGUGGCAGAUGUGAGGAGAGGGCAAGCGCCAUGCAUCUGGGGGCCAAACACGUGUCAAGUCUUGGUUGCCUUAAGAGUCUUACCAGUAAGGUUGAUGUUAGGCUUGCAACAGGGAUUUUUAAAAAUACACUAGUUUUGUUAGCUGCCUUCACAUGCACUCUGUGGGCCUUCUUAAUCUAGCACUAAUCUCCACUUCUCUGCCCCAUUGCCUCCCAGAUAUACUAUGGAGCUAACUAUUUUUGUUACCAUAUUAAAACAUAAAUAUUUAUACUGUAGCCUCUUCAGUCUUAGGAUCUUGGUAAUUUUCAUUCCAAAAAAUGCUUGGUGUGAUGCUUUACACUCUACAAAGUAUAAAGGCACAAGGUUAUGGUUGUUGUCAUAGCAGUUGAAUGUGCAUUGAAAUAUUUUUCUAUGGUUUCUUAAAAAAUCACAGUAGAAAAGUAAGCUGUUGUAACAUAUAAGGUCAUGACAAUUUAUGUAUUUAUAUUUGAAAUCAGAUUUCUAUAACUUGUAUUUGUGUACAGAAGCCUUACUGGGUUUAUAUAUUGUGAAAUUUUUAUUCAAGAUUGAGAUGUGGGUUAUGUUUAACAGUCAAAGCUGAAAUGAGACUGUUUAAAUGCUGCACUGUGCACGUUUGGAAAUGUACAUUAAUUUACUGUAUAUAAUAUCUUAAGUUUGUUUAUACCUCCAAGUUUUUACACUGAAGAUAAACUAGCUUUAAUUAAAUUCAGACUUUCCUUUUUUCAUAUUAAGGGAAUAAGCUGUUGGGCUAAAUCUGUAUAAAUGUGCUUUUUAUUUUCUGGAUGUACAAUGAAAGUUUAUACUCAUAUCUCACUGCAUCAUAUCUGACUGCAGAAAUUAAAGCACAAUUUGAAAGCAA